GUUGCCUUGAAUUAUCGGCUAAAGUUGAAUAUUCUAGUUUUCGUUCACUCUUAACUCAUGUACUCAUGAAGACUCCUCUUUCAUUUACAUUUUUUGAAAGUUUUGAUUUAUGUUUCUGAAAUUUUACCAAAGCUAAAUGGACAACGGUAAAGAUUUUCGGUCAACUCAUGAGAAAAACAUGCAGUUGUACCGAGAUAACUUGGAUCUAUUAAGAAGAUUGGAUAUAGAUAUGUCCUACAAUAAAUCCAUGUCGGCCAAUUCUAGACCCGUCACGUCCAAAGCAAGAAAAUCUGCAAAAUCUUCAGAACGUAAGAAAAGAGAAUCUCCUAAAAAUCUUGAAACUGUUGCUACAAACUUUCUAGAGAGGACUGAUAGAAUUGAAAAUGAAAAUGUGACUCUAAGACAAGACAAUGAAAGAUUAUUGAGUAGCAUGAAUAAAAUCAUUGAAGAAAACAAAUCGAAUGAUGAUGAAUUACAUAGAUUGAAGAGCGAGAAUGCUGAAUUAAUUGAGAAAUGUGAAGAACUAAAAGAGGAUAAUCAAGCUUUAAAAAUUCAACUAAAUGAUUCGUCGAACUCAAAAUCGGAUAGAGUAACCAAUUUGGAAGAAAGCCAUGACGAACUCCAAUUGGAAAUUGAAAGAUUGCAAAAUCAACUAUCAAAGGAACAAUCAGAAAAUGAGAGUCUAACUCAAAAGAUAAGAGAAACUAUGAAAUCGAAUAAACAAGAAUUAAUUCGCAAAGAAGAAGAGAUCGAAAAUUUAAAAAGGGACAAGAGAAGGUUAAAUGAAAAAGUUGGUGAUUUACAAGAGGAAAUUGAUAACUAUCAUAGCGAUUCAAAGAAAUCAUCAAACGAACUUCAAGAAGAAUUAGAAGGACUACGAAUGGACUUGAAGGAAGGUGUUCAAAAAUUAAAAACGUUGAAAGGUGAUUAUAAUAACUUAGAAGAGAAAUACGAACGGCUCAAAGGAGAGAGGAGUAAAGAUUUUAUGGCAGAAUUCGAAACUGAUGAAAGGAUACAAGAUUUGGAGAAAGAAUUAAGAAUUUCAAAUCAAAAGUAUAAAGACUUAAACGAAGAUUACGAAAGCAUGAAAGAUAAAUAUAAAAAUUUAAAAACGAAAAAAGAGAAGAGCGCAAGCGCGGAAAUUGAAAUCUCCUCUGCAAAAGAGAAUUAUCAAAGAGUUCUAGAAGAGAAACAAAACGUCAUAAUCAAAUUAGAAGAGUUGAAAGACGAAAAGAUAAAAUUAAAUAGUGAUUAUGAAAAAUUGAAAUUACUAAAUGAUGAGGGUAAAAGACAGUUAGAAGCUCUAGAAGCGUCUACCUUAAAUUUAACUAAUUCGUUAAGUGUUAAAAAUAGGCAAAUAUCGGAUUUAAGAAAGGAGUUAGAAAUGUCUCAAUCAGAUAUUCAACAAUCCAGAAAUGAAAGAAUAUCAUUGGACUCCCUUCAAUCGCAAUUGGAAGAUAUUCAAAGCGCCCAUAGAAAGUUAAUAGACGAUAAUAGAAGAUUAAAGAAUGAAUUAAAUCAAAAGAAAAUGCUGCAUGUACAAAGUUCAAACGUCGGCUCGGAUUUCGAGCGGGAGUUACAAUCUACAAGAGCCAAAUUAAAAAAAGCCGAUAAUAGAAUAAUUGAACUUGAAAGUUGGCUAGAUGAGAUCUAUUCAACAGAUGUUCUUACAAAUCGAACUAGUCCGUCGAGUCUUCCGUCUUUAACGAGUAGGGGAAAAGAGCCGAUGAUAUUGGAAAACGGCUUUAGACGUUACUACUCACUUGGGGGUAAAGAAGGUUAUAGAUAUCGUUUCAUUAAAUCUAAAAGAACUACUGACUUAACCUCGAAAUAAGUUAAUAGUAUUAGCUUAAGUUUCUCUUUCAACCCCCGCAGACUGUGUGAUAAAUAACUAAAUAUAUGUCAAUAAUUAAACAAAAACAUAAUAAAAUUUGUAUAGCCUCAGGUAAAGUCGUAAAGUUUCCAUUAACAAGUCAACUAGAAUAAGAUAAAAAUUAGGCAGUUACAUAACUAAACAAUGAUGGCUACUCUUACAUUUA